GCGGCGGCGGCAGCGGCGGCGGCUGCGGCGGCUCCGCAGGCUCCGGUCGCUCCCGCCUCACCAGCGCUACCCGCGGCCGCAGCCGCGCACCCAGGCAGGCUCGGAGGAGCGGAGGUCAUGGCUUCUGGCUCCUCGGACCUGAGGCUUCAGUGGAGGAAAUGACUGCCCAGGCUCGUGCUUCACGCCUGUCACGGAGACUGAACCUUCGCAGGGCACGAACUUGCCCAGUACAGGAGCGUCUCUCUCUUUGAAGGGCUUGACAUUUGUCACAAAGAAACGUGAAAAUGGCGACUUCCUCUAUCAGACGGCAAAUGAAAAACAUUGUGAACAAUUACUCGGAAGCUGAAAUCAAAGUGCGGGAAGCCACCUCCAACGACCCGUGGGGCCCGUCCAGCUCCCUGAUGACCGAGAUCGCCGACCUGACCUACAACGUGGUGGCCUUCUCGGAGAUCAUGAGCAUGGUGUGGAAGCGCCUCAACGACCACGGCAAGAACUGGCGGCACGUGUACAAGGCGCUGACGCUGCUGGACUACCUCAUCAAGACGGGCUCCGAGCGGGUGGCCCAGCAGUGCCGGGAGAACAUCUUCGCCAUCCAGACCCUGAAGGACUUCCAGUACAUCGACCGUGACGGCAAGGACCAGGGCAUCAACGUGCGUGAGAAGUCCAAGCAGCUGGUGGGCCUCCUCAAGGACGAGGAGCGGCUGAAGGCUGAGAGGGCCCAGGCUCUCAAAACCAAAGAGCGCAUGGCCCAGGUCGCCACGGGCAUGGGCAGCAACCAGAUCACCUUCGGCCGCGGCUCCAGCCAGCCCAACCUGUCCACCAGCUACUCGGAGCAGGAGUACGGCAAGGCCGGGGGGUCUCCAGCCUCCUACCACGGCUCGCCCGAGGCCUCGCUGUGUCCCCAGCACCGCGCAGGGGCCCCGCUGGGUCAGAGCGAGGAGCUGCAGCCGCUGAGCCAGCGCCACCCCUUCCUGCCGCACCUGGGGCUGGCCGCCCGCCCAAAUGGCGACUGGUCCCAGCCCUGCCUCACUUGUGACCGCGCAGCCCGAGCCACUUCCCCGAGGGUGUCCUCUGAGCUGGAGCAGGCCCGGCCGCAGACCAGCGGAGAAGAGGAGCUACAGCUGCAGUUGGCACUUGCCAUGAGCAGAGAAGUCGCUGAGCAGGAAGAACGCCUCAGGCGGGGUGACGACCUCAGAUUACAGAUGGCCCUAGAAGAAAGCCGAAGAGACACGGUUAAGGUUCCCAAAAAGAAGGAGCAUGGCUCCCACCCACAGCAGACUACUCUGUUGGAUUUAAUGGACGCCCUCCCCAGCUCUGGCCCUGCUGCCCAGAAAGCAGAGCCUUGGGGCCGGUCAGCCUCAGCUAACCAGACAAACCCUUGGGGUGGGCCGGCGGCCCCAGCCAGCACUUCAGACCCCUGGCCACCGUUCGCUCGGUUCCCUGGAUGUUUGCCGAAGUGUGCCAAAUGCCAGGCUCUGUCGUGCUAUCCAGGGACCCAGACACAAACAGGUGCCAAGCCAGCUGCCUCUGUUGACCCGUGGGGUGUGCCCACUGGCGCCAGCACACACUCCGGCCCGAAGGGCUCAGACCCCUGGGCGGCCCCGCAGCAGCCUGCCCCGAGGGCUGGGAAGACAGCGGACGCCUGGGCUGCAGCCUCGGCCACCAAGCCCGUCUCAUCCUCUGGGGCCUUUGAUCUCUUCAGUAAUCUGAAUGGUACCAUUAAAGAUGACUUUUCUGAAUUUGACAACCUCCGGACUUCAAAAAAAACAGCUGAGGCCGUGGCCUCGCCGCCAUCCCAGAACAACGGAACUACAAGCCCAGACCCCUUCGAGUGCCAGCCCCUGACCUCCACCUCGAGCAAGCCCAGCAGCGCCCGGAAAACACCUGAGUCCUUCCUGGGCCCCAAUGCGGCCCUGGUCAACCUGGACUCGCUGGUGACCAGGCCAGCCCCGCCAGCCCAGUCCCUCAACCCAUUCCUGGCACCAGGUGCAGCCGCCGCCUCGGCCCCUGUCAACCCCUUCCAGGUGAACCAGCCCCAGCCGCUGACGCUGAACCAGUUGCGGGGGAGCCCUGUCCUGGGGACCAGCACGUCCUUUGGGCCUAGCCCAGGUGUGGAGCCCAUGGCUGUGGCCUCCAUGACCUCCACGGCCCCACACCCGGCUCUGGGGGCUGGCGGGUCCUCCCUGACGCCCCUGGGCCCCACCGCAAUGAACAUGGUGGGCAGCGUGGGCCUUCCCCCCUCGGCAGCUCAGGCCACCGGCACAACCAACCCUUUCCUUCUCUAGUGCCCGGGCCGGGGCCCCACCACGCAUGCCCAGAGCCUCCGUGCCUGAGGACGCCGAGCAGGGACUCUCGAUUGUGGAAUGGUGUCCGAGAGUGGGGGUGUGGGUGUUAGGGCUUUCUAGUUCCGGCUUCCUGAUAGAAGGGUUGUCUGCACAGCCCCAAACCUCAGACUCAAGCGGCGGCAGGCCUGCUAGGCGUCAGACAUCGGUCUCCGCGCCUUCCGAGGCUGCCCACCCGCCUGUCCCCAGCCCGCUGCCCGCGGGAGGGGCCCAACCCAGUGGCCUCCCCACUUCCUCCCGAGAGCCGAGGUCCUGGUCCUGGAGACCGGCUAGCUCUCCGGGGCCCAGGACAAGGGGGCGGGAGUCGUCAGCGUUGACCUCACCCUGAGCCUCAGCCUGAGGGCCUCUGGGACACUGCCUGGCCUGGGCCUGGGAAUGGCCACCACCGUGUCCUUGUGACCCCCCCCCUCAGCCCUAGUGACACCCGAGGUGGUCCCAGGUGUGGAUGGAAUGAAGCACCGGCUCCGUGAGACGCUGACCUUCCGGGGAAGUGGUUGUGCAUAUUUUAUUUUUCUUUGACUCGUGUGUGAGUUCAAAGCAAACCCCACCACCGCGGAGCAACUCUUAAAUUAAAUCCACUAGAGCGAGCUUUAAACUAAUCUGAGCAUAACCCCUGCCACGUGGCUCUAUGCUUGUAUACGUUUGCACAUAAUUUGUUUAGUACAGUUUCAUAUUUGAGUUUGCAGAAUUACCUAAUAGUCUUUUUUUGGCUAAUAUUUUUAUAACGUGGUUCUUAUUUAACUGUCUAGUUUUGAUAGAAUUUACCAGGUCUGGCUGAAUUAAGAUAUUGGCACGUGUCAUGUGAGUGGUUUAAACCCUCUUAUUUAUGGUUUUAACUCUAAGAAAAUUUAAAUAGGAAGCAAAAAAAAAAAAUGCCUUAUGGAAAAAAAAAACUAAAGCAAAUUCUUUAUAGGGAAAAAUACGGGAAUUUGAUUACACAGAAAAGAUGAUGUUUAUUUAAAAAGAAAAAAAAAAAAACCUACAACAGCAACAACAACAAAAACCCAGCCUCCAGUUGCCUUUUCCUUUCUUUUACUCCCUUUUUUGGUGACUUACCCAACAGAUUGAACCACAGCCUUCUGGGCUGGAUCCUGAGAGAGGCUGUUUUUCUUACUGGUACACCAACAUCAAGUUAAAGGGAAAAAAAUCUGAUGGAUGGAUGUGACACACCAGUUUUUAUCUGCUAAUUCCCUUUUAUAACUGAAGGCAUGCACGGAUCAACAAGGACUUCCGUUUCUGGUGCAAAUCGGAACCGGAAGAGGCAUCUUGAACCUUGUGUGUCUGUGAUCCUCUCUGUCUUAAUCCGCACUCAGGGUAAGGAUGGGGAUGGCGUGGAGACAGCGGGCGUCUUCAGUGCCCACGGCUCCCCGGGGCCGGCCUCCUGCUAACUCCAGACACACACUGCAGACUUAAAAUUCUCAUCAUCUCUUCUUUCUGAGAGAAAGAAAAAAAAAAGUCAUUCUCACAUGGAUUUUUAACAAACAUGCACUAAUAUUACCUCCCUUUCCCAACUCCCUCCUUUCCUCGCCCCAUCCACCACUAGAAGAAAAGUAUGAAUUCAUGAAAGAGCAGAAAAGACGUGCUUCUCCCCAGGGAAGGAAGCCCCCCCACCCCGCCCCCGACACACACACCCCCAACCUGCCUCCGGUCAGGUCACCUUGCCUGUGGGCGCUGCAGUCUCGCUUUCCACUGUGGACUUCACCCCAACUCCAAGGGCAGCUGACCCCCUGGUGUUCCUCCGCUUCCCGUGGCCUGUUCUGGGAGGAGGUCGGACCCUGAGCAGGGCACAGGCCUGGAGAUGAGCAGGCGGAGUCCCAAACAGCCUUUUCUGGCCUCUCCUGUUUCCUCAUUUUAAAAGCUCACCCAUGCCGCUCCCCAAGGCUGUCCCCCGGCCAGAGGAGCCACCCCCAGAGCUCCUGACCGGCCAUGCCUCUGCCAGAGCCGGAGAGCUGGGGCUGGACCACGGGUUGGAGCCCACUCUGGCCUCCUCCGACCUGGGGGAGUGUGGGGACAGGGUGGGGCCCAGCAGGUGGCUCCCCCCGGGAGGUGCUUUCACUCACAUGGUGCGAGCCCGGACCUCUUCACAGGCCAGUAGCCCAGACCUGACUACUGCGUCGGUGAUUCUUUUUUGUAAACAGUCAAGAGCCCUUCCUGACUUGACUUCGAGGCCCCAGCAUUCUAGCCACUGGGUCACCGAGGCCCCACGAGACCCACUGCGCCCCCUCCCCCCAACCCCUCCUACCCGGGCACAGGCCUGUCCCAGGCACCUUGUCCCUGUUGCCUGCUGCACUGAUCAUGAAGCUGCCGGCCGCUGCCACUCGAGUGACGCACGUGCCGUCAUGCUCCCUCCCAAUGGGCACUGGGGUAGGGGGCGCCGCCCAGCUGUUUUCUCAGUCCCAGGGGCCGGUGGCUGGUUUUGAACGUGUGUUGACUAUUGAUACUUAUUUACUGUACAAAUAUAAUUUAUCAUUUGUAUCAUGA